CUGCUGCCCGCGUCAAGGUGGGGAAACUGGGGCCCGUUGGUUUCGUGGAAGAGCUGGUGCCGGUUGGGAAGCAGCACGAUGGGGAUUGUGCUUUCGCCAUCCUGGCGUCGCCACGCUGCCCGCUCCUGCGCUUCCUGCCCCAGGGAGCUUGGCGGGAGGGCCUCGACGCCGCGAUUAAACGAGCUGAAAGCACAACGUCUUGUCGCUCUGCUGUUUUCCAGGUGGGGUUUCAGAAGAUCCUGACUCUAACCUAUGUCGACAAGUUGAUAGACGACGUUCACAAGGAGUUCAGGGACAAGUAUCGCAAUGAGUUCCAGCAGAAAGGCACCCUGGGCCUCCUAAACGGCACCUUUGAUUUUAAAGAUGACUUCCUCCGCCUCCUCCGGGACGCAGAGGAGAGCAGCAAAGUCCGAGCUCCCACGGUAAUGAAAACAUUUGAGCAGUCUCUGAAGUCCCAGAAGACUGUCAAGUGUAUGAUAGAAACCCGAGGGGAGAAACCAAAGGAGAAAGUCAAGAACAAGAAGAGCAAAGGUUCCAAAAAAGAGGGAACUGAAGCUGUGGCAGCACCCGGUAAAGCGCCAGCGGGCGACAAGCAACCCCCUGCAGCCGGCGACAGGGAGGAGCUGACGAAGGAUGAAAUCUUGCAAAAGAACCGGGAGGAAUUCUUCAAGAGACACAUGAAAGCCGGGGAGAAGUCCAGCAAAUCUCCAAAGCCUGAAGCUCAGAAGGAGAAGGGCAAGAAGCCCCGAGUGUGGGAUCUGGGGAACUCUAAUGCCAAAGUACUCGAUUACAGUAACUCCGCUACCAACGGCAGCACCGAGGCUUGUCCCGUGGAGGAAUUUGACCCUGACAUAGUAAGGAAACAAAAGCCGGGUCGCUCUGUCUGCUUGAGCGUUCCGGGCGUCACAGCUGCUGAUCUCACGGGGCGUUUCUUUUUCCUCUCCUCGCCCUCGCAGAAGGGUGGCCUGGGGGGAAUGUUCGGCAUGCUCAAAGGGCUGGUGGGCUCCAAGAGCUUGACGAGAGCAGACAUGGACCCCGUCCUGGAGAAGAUGAAGGAUCACUUGAUCG